AUGCGAUGACUCUUUGACAGUCAAUCGUUCAAUUGGAUAUCGAAUAUUGACUGUGAGUAUAAAAUCAAGUCCUUGGAUUGACACUUUGUCUAAAUAUACCCCUCCAUUGAGUCACAGAAGUCGGGUUCAAGAUGGCAUCAAAACCAAUCUACUUAGGCGUUAUCGGUGUUGGCGGCGUUGGAACCGCAUUCCUCCAACAACUCUCCAAACUCCCCAACGCUCCCUCCCUUGUCCUCCUCGCCCGCUCUUCAAAAACCCUCCUUGCGCCCACUCCAUCAUAUUCCCCCGCCAUCCCAGCAGCAGACUGGGCAACAGCCUCAUCAGCGCCUUCAAUCACGACAUCCGGUACCCUGACUCCAUCCGAAGUCGUAUCUUACCUCUCUUCUGCCCCCGGCCGCUCGGUCUUGGUUGAUAACACCUCCGACCCAAAUCUAGCCAGCGCAUACCCCGAGUUUCUCAAAGCGGGAAUCUCAAUCGUCACACCGAACAAGAAGGGAUUCUCGUCGGACUUGUCCCUGUGGAAAGACAUCUUUGCAUCAGCGGCAACUGGUAAAGCCCUAGUUUAUCAUGAAAGUACCGUCGGCGCCGGUCUACCCGUCAUCUCAACCUUGCGUGAUCUCGUCGCUACAGGUGACGAAGUAACACGCAUCGAGGGCGUAUUCUCCGGCACGCUUUCGUUUUUGUUCAACACGUUUGCGCCUGUCUCUUCUCCCGCUGGCACUUCAUCCGCCAACUGGAGCGAUGUAGUCAGUCAAGCCAAAGAACUCGGCUACACCGAACCAGAUCCUCGUGACGAUCUGAACGGUAUGGACGUUGCACGCAAACUAACCAUCCUGGCCCGAAUUGCCGGUCUCGAGGUCCAAAGCCCAGAUUCAUUCCCCAUUGAGUCCUUGAUCCCCGCCGAAUUGGCUUCUUUACCUGCUACUUCUGAAGGUGUGGCUGAGUUCAUGAAACGUCUUCCCGAAUUCGACGGUCAGAUGGCUGCACUCAAGGAACAGGCUGAGAAAGCAGGUAAAGUUGUACGAUAUGUAGGCAGCGUGGACGUUGGUAAGAAGGAAGUCAAGGUUGGAUUACAGCAGUUCGCUAAGGACAGCGCGAUUGCGGGUUUGAAGGGAAGUGAUAAUAUUAUUAGCUUCUAUACAAAGCGUUAUGGUAGUAAUCCCUUAAUCAUCCAGGGUGCGGGUGCCGGUGGUGAUGUGACGGCCAUGGGUGUUACGGCUGAUCUUAUCAAGGUGUUGGAAAGACUGUAAAGAAGGACUGAUCGUAUAGAGAAGUUUGUCUACAUUGACUUGAGGAAUCUAUUCAUAGGAAUGUAUCCAACAGACGACAACUCUAAGGAAAUAGAGCUAACUCCGUAAAUAUGCUUUUACUGCGUCUCCCCAGACGGCUCCUCGUUUGUAUCCGUAGAUCUUUGGGACGCUCCCCUCUUUCAACCCGUCAAUUGCAGUGGCCAAAUCUUGGCCUGAACCUUCCUCUUUGAUCUGUUUGAUCGGGUA